AUGCUCACUAAGUUCACAGGCACCGAUUGGUGCACAAAUGGCUUCGCCCACCCCUUGCACAGGGGAGCCCCCAGGAUCCCCAGGAGGCGCCCAGGCUCCGAGGCGCGAGGCCCGGGAGCUGCUGCGGAGGUCGCAGCGGCGGUAGGUCCUGCCUUCUACCCUAAACGUUCCAUUAAGCCGGAUUCCCAGCGACGGCAGGCGGCUCUUCCUGCACGUCGCCGGGGCAUCGCAGGGCAUCUGCUGCCCCCUAUCGGUGGCCAGAGACAGAGGGACGAAGGUGAGUGGGGGGAGGGAGGGGAAGAGGGAGAGUCGUCUCCCACACCGGACUUGAAGCGGGAAGACGCCCCGGCGGAGGGUCUUCAGGACGACAACGGGCAAGUCCCACGACACGCUCACGGCGCUAGUGCUGGCGCCCCCAAUCUGCCGGUGGCGGCAGGAGAUCCGGGAUCCAGUUGGUCCCCUCCGAGGGUCCCGCCUGCCCCCGGUGGGGGUCGGGCCCUCCAGGGUCGCCGCGAGUGUGGGAGAGAAGGGAGGCGCCCCUGGCUCCGUUCUCCCUCCCAGCUCGCCGGGGCCACGGCCCCGCCAAGUCCCCGCUCCCGGGCGGCCGCAGGUGCCGAGUGGCCCGUCCCCGGCGGGAGUGAAACGCGGGCUGGCCGCCCCCUCCCCGCCUGCGGCUCCAGGAGGGGCUCCGGGACGGCCGCGGGCCCCGCGCCCCCUCCCCGCGGCCUGCGGGCGCGGCGCGCGGGGGCGGCGGCUGCCGGGCGCAGGCGGAAGGCGCGGCACGGCCACGGCCACGGCCGCCGCCGGGGCGCAGGCGGAAGCGCGGGCUCCGGAGGGGAGGGGCGGCCGCGCCCGGCGAGGCCCAGGGCUCCCGGCCCCGGCGGCGCCCGUCGGAGCGGAGCCGAGCCCCGGCGGCCGCGGCGCGCCCAGGCACGGAUGGCCGCUGGUCAGGUUCGGCCGCGUCCCCGCGCCUGGUGGGGCGAGGCCGUGCCCACGCGUGUCUGCCCGGCGGGGCGUCUGCCACUCGCACACUCGGAGCCCCUCCGGCCGCGCAGGCCCGGCUCUGGGGCUGGCCGCUCCUGCGUCUGCCACCUCCAGGACCCAGGCGCCAACCCCAGCCUCCCGGCCAGCCGUGACUUCCCGGAUGGGGCCAUGCUUUCCUUCCAGGACGACCAGGGCUCCUCCCCUCCCGGCGAUCCUUCUAGGAGGCCACCUCCAGAGAUUCCGAGGCGAUUUCCUCCCUGCCCCUACCGAACGGGUAACGCCUCUCACUGA